CAUAACCCACCCAAAAUAUCACAAGCACCGACUAAAACAAUUCGGAUCUAAACCCGACCCGGUAAAACCAAUCCCAAAUUUUACUCCGUUGUGAACGCAUCAAACCCAGAAAAUUUCUUCCUCCGAUCUCGCAUUCUCCACUUCCAUAAUCCCCAAAAUUGUUUCGUUGAUUUUUCCACAAGAUGAAGCUAACGGACAACGAAGAGAUCACCAUGAACGGAACUCGAGAAAUGGAGACGACAGAGCAAGAGACAUCGUCGCCGUGUUCGUUAGUAAUCGAAGCUUUUCCGGUGAAGAAAUCCAUUAUUGUAGGUUACGCUCUUACAUCAAAGAAGAUUAAGAGCUUUUUACAACCAAAACUCGAAGGUUUAGCUAGGAAUAAGGGGAUAUUAUUUGUGGCAAUAGAUCAGAAUAAGCCACUUUCAGAGCAGGGUCCGUUUGAUAUUGUGUUGCAUAAGGUUAGUUUUAUUGGAUCUUUGUUAACCCUGUUGGUUUUCUGAUACAUUCAUCUUAUUUUUGCCUAUGGUUUGUCAGAAGAUAUGUCUUGGGAACAUCCCCUGCUCAGGUUGUUAGAAACUAACCUUGUUUUGCGUCUUCUUGCUUAGCUUCUUUUCAUUGAUGCCUGAUUAUUCUUAUUUGGUGUUUGUUUUUACAUGUACUGGCAGCAAAUUGGAAAAGAAUGGCGUCGAAUUCUCGAGGUUAGUCUUACGAUUGUUUCCGUUUUUGUAUUUGCUGUGGCACAUUCUAUAGCCUAAGAUUAUUAGAUCAUGUAUGUCUGUCAUUCUGUGGUGAUGAGUACCAUGUUGAUGUAGUUAUGUUAUAUAAGCCUUUGUUAGAUGAGAGAUGGUGGUAAAUUGCACAAGUUAGCAACUAGUUCCUUUUAAUUUCUAAAUCUUGUUUCUCAAUGGAAAUUUUUUUCCAGAGCUUUUACUCUUUCCUUGUCGUGAGUCAUUAGUUGAUACAAAUUGAGGUUGAGACUACUGCAAGUGAGAAUAUUUCUACUUCCAGAGGCAUAGAACUGUAACCUCUUCAGGUUUUCUAGAGUUAGAUACUAGUAAUGUUUUUUGAAUAUUGGGUUUACAUGUUCCUGGUAAUAGUUGAAUGCAAAAUCAUUUCAUCUUUAAGUAGAAUGUAAUGCUCUCUUGUCUACAUAUAUAAGAGCCAUCAUCUGAUUUCUCGUUGGGGAACAAGACAUUUCACAUCUCAUAAUUGCUAGAAGAAUAGAAAUGAAAGUAUGCUGUUUGGUGUAGAAAGUAAUCGGCGUUUCUGUGUGUUUAGAUCCUAGAGCUAUUCAGAUCUCAGGAGAUCAGACUAUGAAUCAUUAGAAUGCCAACUUCUGAGUAUAGUUGAAUGCUAGAUUUAUACUCUUCAGAUAGUAUAUACUGAUGAUAUAGAAAAGUGUCUACAAUGAAACUUUAGUUGCAAAGUGCAAGUUUCAUCAGUAGAUUAGUUUAAUUCUUAAUCUUAGUUGCAGGAUAGUGAAGAGUUCAACGUUGGGGAUACAGUUUUUAGACUGACACUGUCGCUGUGUUAAUAAUAAUAUCAAUGUAGAUCAAUAUCUCAGGAGAUCUCAGCAAUACAGAGAUAGAAGUUUUCUGUUUAUGACCAUUAGCAGGGAUGCACUUUUGGGUGUUGAAAAGUAGACUAUGUGUGAGCAUAACUGUUUCUAAUAAUUUCAGGAAUUUAGGCUAGCACAUCCAGAUGUCACAGUUCUUGAUCCUCCAGAUGCAAUACUACAUCUCCGUAAUCGUCAGUCAAUGCUUCAGUGUGUUGCGGACAUGAAUCUGUCUGAUAGUAAUGGACGCGUUGGUGUGCCCAAGCAAUUGGUAAUUAAAAAGGAUGCAUCUUCAAUUCCGGAGGCUGUCAAUAAUGCUGGUCUGAGACUACCUCUUGUUGCAAAGCCAUUGGUUGCUGAUGGAAGUGCAAAGUCACAUGAGCUUUCGCUGGCUUACGAUCAACACUCCCUUCUGAAGCUCGAGCCUCCUCUUGUUCUUCAGGAGUUUGUUAACCAUGGAGGUGUUCUUUUCAAGGUUUACAUUGUUGGGGAGGCUAUUAGAGUUGUCCGGCGCUUCUCCCUACCUGAUGUCUCUAGACGAGAACUCCCCAAAUCAGCUGGUGUAUUCCGCUUCCCACGGGUCUCUUGUGCUGCAGCUUCAGCUGAUGAUGCAGAUCUGGACCCGAGCAUUGCCGAGCUUCCACCACGUCCUCUGUUGGAGAGACUGGCAAAGGAACUCCGUCGUGGAUUGGGUCUAAGGCUGUUCAAUUUAGACAUAAUUAGAGAGCACGGGACAAGAGAUCGGUUUUAUGUGAUCGACAUCAACUAUUUCCCAGGGUACGGGAAAAUGCCAGAGUAUGAGCAUGUAUUCACUGAUUUCUUACUGAGUGUGGUACAAAGCCAAUGUAAGAAACGAGCUUUGGCAGAUCAAUACUAAACUCAACGGAGAGACCAUUGUUCCUCCCCAAAGAAAAAAAGAAGAUUAGUAGUCUAUGCAAUUUAUUUCUGUACAGGACAAAGCACCGAUUUCCCUCGAUGUUGUUCUUUAGCUUCAUUGUGCUGUACAAAAGAACAAUGGAAGAUUGCAUUUAAAAGAAAAUCCUUGGGACCUUUAGAGAUUUAAGGAUAGAGAAUUGUCUGAAUCUCACUACAAUGUCACCAUAUCAAAAAGUGAAUAGACCUUAUGUCACACACUACUCAUAUGGGCAUGGCUUCACUUUGUGACUGCUUCUAUCUUUUGAUUUGGUUGGCUUUGUACUAUUUUGACCAUAAAUGUCAUUUCUUUUGGUUUUAAUCUGCUCUUAUCUUUUGAUCAUGUCCUUGUUAGUUUGUUUGAAACUUGGAGUUUAUAGUUUGGAUCAGUUUUGGAUGCACUCUUUUAUGAGUAAUCUUACAAAAUUUACAUCACAAA